AUGCGACAACGACGCUGAUGGAGAGGACGACUAUGAUUCCUGCAUUAAUUAUGCAACAGAUACGUACAAACAAAACAGGUUUUACUAUCAGCGACCAGCAACAGCUCUCAAAAUGCUUCAAAUGAUUGUUUUCCUCAUCGGCUUCUGCUUGGUCGGCAUCGUCCAUGGUGCAGUAAACACUUGUCAGACAGGUCCCUAUGACGCCGAGAAAAGCAUUGUCGGACCCGGCGGCGGCAAGUAUUAUCUGUUGAAUACGACACAUCAAGAUGAAAAAUCCUGUUUGUAUGUGAUUCCUCCAAUGAACGGCACAAAGUUCCCCGCUUCCUACGAGUUCGGGUACAAGGAAAACGGUACAUGGGAAAUGAACGAGGGGUCAGUUUUUGGUCAAGGGCCACACAUAAUUGACGAAGAUGAAGUAUUUGGAGCAACCAAUACCACAUUGGUUUACACCGACUACCGGCAGUGUAAUGUUGGCCUUCUUUCUGGAGAUCGUAUCGGCGGACCACACGUUGAACUCUGGAAGCACAGCCAUGCUCAAGUCGAAAGCGAGGGUUUCAAGUGCUGCCAGACAGCCUUCAAACAGGAACUUAAAAGAUUGGGCAAAACAAGCGGAGAUGUUAAGCUAGUCAGCAAGGGUUGCAGUUACCCUAACGAGAAUUGAACUUGAAGCGUCCUGCACCGAAAGGACAAAUAAAAGUUAUUUCAUUUUAAAA